AUGGCUACUCUGGACACGGCACGUAAUUAUACCCCCACAUUUCUUGGUCUAGCAACCCAGUUAGGAAUAUCAGCUGGUAUUUCCCUAUACUGUUUAUUACAAUUUGAAUGGAAUAGACGCCAAAAAACUUUGCAAUAUCUCUAUACUGCCCGUACAAGACUAUCAAAAAAUGCAUCUCCACCAAUGCCUCCAGGAUUAUUUUCUUGGAUAAAAGCCACUAUUUUUUUAUCAGACGAAUUUUAUUUAAAAAGAGUAGGUCUUGACGCUUUAAUGUAUAUUCGAUUUCUUCGAAUGUCAUUUCAAUUUAUAUUAUUUAAUGUUUUUGUUGUUGGUAUAAUUCUUAUACCAACAAAUUACUUUGCUGGUGGUACGAGUGAUGGUGUUGAAGUACUUUCUAUUAAUAAUAUCCCCGUUAAUAAAACACAACCACUUUGGGCUCAUAUGAUAUGCACAUAUAUAGUUAGCUUUAGCUGGAUGUAUCUUUUAUAUAAAAAUUAUUAUGAUUACAUGAUAUUACAUAGAGAACAUCUUUUAAAAAAAGUGGUUACUGAUUCUGUCACUGCUAGGACUGUAAUGGUAUCUAGACUUCCUCAUGAUUUGAGAUCUGAAGAAAAACUUCAAGAAUUUGUUGAAGGGUUAGGUUUGGGUCCCGUAGAAACUACAAGAAUUGUGAGACACACUGGAAAAUUAGAUCGAAAAAUUCAUAGGAGAGAGAAUGCUUUACUUUUACUUGAAAAAGCUCAUAUAAAACUUGCAAAAAAUGUUUGUAAUACUAUUAAAGGUCGAAGAUUUUUUGGUUUUGGUAAUUGGUCAAGACUAUUUGGUCGUAAUAAUGUGACAUCUCAAGAUAUAUUAGAGGCUGGUGAAACAAAGGAACAUCAAAGAAUUCAAUCACUUGUUGAAUGGUUGAAUCCUCGUAAAAAGAAAUCUGAUAAUAAUCAAAUUCAAAGUUCAUCUGAUCAAAGUAAACAUUUUACUACUCCUAGUGAAGAUAUUAUGAAUCAAGAGGAUGGUUAUGGUCGUCAAUUUAUCAUAUGGGAUGCGCUUUUUCAUAUAUCUAAGCCUGUACUUGAUAGGUUUCAGCCCACUCGUAGGAUGGGAUUUAUAAAAGGUGGAAAGAUUCUUUCGAUUGACCACUUUCUUAAAAAAUUUAAUUAUUUGGAUCGUCGCAUCGCUGAAUUGCGUGCUAUGCCACUUAAUGCUACCGCUAGUCCUUACAAGCCUACGGGUACUGGCUUUGUAACAUUUCGUGAUCAUAUCAGUGCUCAAAUUUGUGCUCAAAGCAUUAUAAGUUCAACUCCACAUACAUGUACUACUAGAAUGGCUCCAGAACCAAGAGAUUUACUUUGGGAAAAUUUGAUCAUGAAAUUUCGAGAGAGUAUGAUUCGCUAUGUUAUUGUUAAUGCUUGCGUUUGGGCUUUGACAAUCUUUUGGCUUUUCCCUAUAGUUGCUUUUCUUACUCUAACAUCAAUUAGUUCACUUUCCUCACGAAUUUCUUUCUUGGGAUCAUUUUUAGAAGCUACACCUGCGAUACGUACUAUACUUCAAAACGUUUUACCAACUGUGUUAGUUUCAUUCUUCAUGGCAAUUUUACCUUGGAUUUUAAUGGAAAUUUCAAAACAAGAAUGUUUCGUAUCUUAUUCAGAAUUGGAAGAAGCCGUAUUAGUUCGAUUCUAUCAUUUUUCCUUUUUCAACGUCUUCAUUGUAUUCUUAUUGGGUAUUACAUUUUUGCAAUCAAUUUUUGAUGUGAUCAAUAAUCCCACUAAUAUUAUCGAGUUGCUUGCAACUAGUUUGCCUAAGGGUGCAACUUUUUUCAUAAAUUAUGUCGUUUUUAAUACUUGUACACAUGGUAUUGAACUUCUUCAAAUUGUACCGCAGUUUUGUCUCCACCUCAUCCUUACAUGCAGAUUCAUAGCCACAACUCCUCUUCUUGUGAUCACCAUUACUUAUUCAACAAUCAAUCCUUUGAUAUUGGUUUUUGCACUUGCAUACUAUGGAAUUGCCCUUGUAGUAUUUAAACACCAAUUUGCUUAUUGUUAUGUGAGACAAUAUGAGGCUGGAGGAAAAUUUUAUCGCCGUGUUUUUCAUUACACUACAGAUGGAUUAAUUAUUUUUCAAUUAACUGUUCUUGGCGUAAUUUGGCUUCGCAAGGCAAUAACUCAAGGCUCUCUUAUUGUACCACUUAUAAUAUUUACUGGAUAUUUCAAAUAUUAUUGUCAUAAGACAUUUCAUUCUAGAACAAAUUAUCUGGCUUUAGAUACUCGUUCAAACCAGAAAGAUAAAGAAAAUUUGUUAACUAUUAAAGAAAAUCAAUCAGAAGGUUCUGUAAAAACUAUAUCAAAAAAAGACGAUGACAACAAUAUUGGUUCUGUUGAUAAUAAGAAUUCGUCAUCACAAAUGAUAGAAACUAGUGCUGAUAAUAUACUUAUUAAACGUGUAAUAAGUGAUGAAUCUCAUGGUAGUGAUAGUGAAUCAAGUACAAAAUACAAUGGUUCCACUAAUAUGUACUCAAAAAACACUGAUUCAAAAAACACUGAUGAAAGUACUUUAAAAGUACCGAAUUGUAACAAUGGCAAUGAGGAUGUUCCAUUACAAUCUUCUAUAAAUUUAACUCAAACUUCAAUCGAUAAAGUUGAACAUGAGAAAACCAGCGAUUAUGGAACUGGAACUCGACAAAUUCAACUUCCAAAAACAGCGGCAACAGUACGAAAUAAUAUUGCUGAUGAAAAGAUUGGCUGUGAUAGUAGUACAUCAAAUAGUGUAUUUAAGAAACCUUCACUAAAGUUAACACUUGCCCCUCCGAAUCCCAAUCCAUCAAACAUACCAGUGUUGACCUCAUCUCCCAUAAGCUGCCCUGAUCUAGGAGUUGCACGUACACCUUUACGAAGUUCACGAUCGAAUAUGUAUCCUGUAGUUUUAAUGUAUGAUCCCAAUAGUGAAGAACUUCAAGAUGAAGCAUCACAGUAUCAAACAUAUACGCAUCCUAAUCUUGUUAAAGAUUUGACUAGAAAACUCUGGUUACCAAAGAAUCCUCUUAAAAAAAUUACUAUUGAAGAUACUGUUAAACUUACUCGGGCGUUAACAUCAAGUGAUGGUGGAAAUGGAAUUGUUGGAUUUUGGGGAGAAGCUUCAAUAUAUUUAAAUGCAGCGAGAGUUAGUGAAUACGGAUUGCAUGAAUUCGUUCCUCCACCACAACACCAACGAGGUGCAACUGGUAGUACAGGUGGUGAAAGACCUUGUCACCAUAGACGAAAAACUUCAUCACGAAGAACUAACGUCAGUUUGGGAGCAUUCUUUAGUGGUGAAUUAAGAUCCGGAGAAUUAUCAAGCGGUGAAGAAUAUUAG